AUGGCUUCCAACGCUGCCCAAUUCCGCCCAGUCGUGAUCAGCGGCCCUUCAGGCUGUGGAAAGUCCACACUCCUCAAGCGCUUGUUUGCGGAGUACCCUGAUCGCUUCGGUUUCAGCGUCUCCAAUACUACUCGGGCUCCCCGUCCCGGCGAGCAAGAUGGACGAGAAUACAACUUCGUGACCAAGGAAGCUUUCCUCGAGCUUGUCGCACAGAACGGAUUCAUUGAGCACGCUCAAUUCGGCAGCAACUACUACGGCACAUCCAAGCAAGCAGUCAAGGCCGUCGCCGAAAAGGAGCGCAUCUGCGUCCUGGAUAUCGAGAUGGAGGGUGUCAAGCAAGUGAAGAACAGCGAUCUCAACGCUCGAUUCCUCUUCCUGGCUCCCCCUUCCAUGGAGGAGUUGGAGCGUCGGCUGCGUUCUCGUGGAACUGAGACUGAAGACAGUCUGCGCCAGCGCCUGGACCAGGCUGUUAACGAGCUCGAGUUCUCCAAGCAGCCUGGUGCCCACGAUAAGAUCGUUGUGAACGACGAUCUGGAGAAGGCCUACGCUGAGCUGCGGGACUGGGUUGUGGAUGGUGGUCGCUUCGGUGCGCCGCAAUAA